GAUGAGCGCCGGCCAUCCGCAUCUGGGGACUGGGGUACUCACUAACGAUCCCCGGUGGAGACGUACCAGGCGUCAUGAGGGUCAAGGGCACUAUGAUGAAUCGCGGCUUGUCCGCACGCCCUGAGCACACGACUAGCCCAGGUAUGGAAUCCACUUUUGCGGAAUUCGGAGUACAUAAUCGUAGCCUUUCCCCAGACCCCUUCGCGCGCGGAUAGUCGUGAUUUUCCCACCUUCUACCAAAAACUGCAUUGACAGACGUCAAGUGUUGACAUUUGACUGCAGCCAUGUCCGACUAUUCCGGCUCACCGUCCGACCACAUGGAGUCCCAGCCACCGAAACGGAAAGCGAACACAGCCGGAUUAGAUGGAAACACAACUGGACGUUCAGUAAAACGAAGAGCUUCGAAAGCGUGCCAAUGUUGUCGGGCUCGAAAAGUUCGGUGCAACGUCACAGAGCAUGGCGCACCCUGCACGAACUGCCGAUUGGACGAAGUUGAUUGCAUUGUUUCUGAGAGCAGGCGCAAGAAGAAAUGGAACAAAGACGACGAUGCACAGACAGAGACAACCGCCACAACAACGAAUGUAACUCGUAAAAUAGCGUCCCGCGAUGUCCUCGAUGGCGCUCAGUCGCUGAAUGCUGCUUCGUCGCGGUCAUCGCAAGAUGCGGAGAGUCGCAUUAAUGAGCAUGUUCCUCAUUCUAUAUAUCAAAUCCAUGGACAUCGCAAUUUCUCCGUUCCCAAUAUUCCAGAAGUACACCGCCGCAUGUCUGUCACUUCACAAAUCAAUGGCCUCCCAACUUUCCCAUUCACACCUUUCUCCAAUGAUGAGGGGAAACCUUUUUUCUCUAAUUUCGGCCAGAAGCUUCCCUCGGGUCAACUUCCUCGUUACAUCAAACCACUACCGGCCAAGAUUGGACCCGAGGAGAUAUCUUACCUUGAAAAGAAGGGCGCUUUGACCGUGCCGAAAGGGGCACUUCGCAGCGAGAUGCUGCGUGCUUACAUCGAAUUCGUCCACCCAUAUAUGCCACUUUUGGAUCUGCACGAUUUCCUGACUGUAGUCGACCGUUCAGAUGGAAGCAAAGGAAAAGUCAGCCUAAUUCUUUUCCAAGCAGUCAUGUUCGCAGGAUCGGCAUUUGUCGACAUGUCGCAUCUUCGUUCUGCAGGCUACGCUACGCGGAAAGAGGCUCGCAAGGACUUCUUCCAGAAGACUAGAAUAUUGUACGACUUCGAUUACGAAUCUGACAGGGUUUCACUGGUCCAGGCCCUGCUUCUUCUGACCUACUAUUACGAAACCCCAGAUGACCAGAAAGACACAUGGCACUGGAUGGGCGUGGCUACGUCCGUAGCGCACACUAUUGGUCUCCACCGCAACCCAGAUAAUACCAACUUGGACAGUAAACGUGUCAAGCUGUGGAAACGCAUCUGGUGGUCCACCUACAUGCGAGAUCGUCUCAUCGCCCUUGGCAUGCGGAGACCUACACGCAUAAAGUCCGAAGACUUCGAUGUUCCCAUGCUGACGCUGGAUGACUUCGAGAUAGCAGCAAUCCCCGAGUCAAUCACAUGCAUCCCAGCUGACUGUAAAGUCGCAAGAGAUGUAGAGAGUCAGCGCCAGCUAGCUGUCAUGUGCAUCGAGAAAGCGCGACUGUGUCUCUGCAUUUCCCACGUCCUGUCAAAACAAUACUGUGUAUUGAACAACAACCACGGUCUUCAGAAUGAUCGUACGACGAUGAUGUUGCUUCCGAAGAAGCUUGACCCUGCAACUAGCGAGGUCAAGACUUGCGAUGAAGAAUUGCAAAAGUGGGUGAAUGAUUUACCUGAAGAGGCGAAAUACACAGACAAACCUUCAGGCGAGGCAGCCAUUGAUCUAGCGCGCUCUUUGCUACACAUGGUUUUCUUCACAACGUUGUCAGCCUUGCAUCGUCCGCAAGUCCUACCUAACUCCCAUGGCGGUCCGGCCAGUGCACCAUCCAAGAACGACGUAGAGUCCGACAUUCUCGAUGCCUCACGACGCAACGUUCGCCGCGCUGCGUCCGCAAUCACGUCGAUAGCACAACGUCUUGACUCGGGCGGACUGGUCAAGUAUUUACCUACCACUGGUGUUACAGUCCUUCUGCCAGCCAUCAUCAUCCAUCUUCUCGACAUCAAGGCACCUGAAGAAGAGACGCGCCGCAGCUCUCUCCGUGGUUUCUGCCAAUGCAUGGCUGUGAUGGGCAAACUUCGUGACCUCUACGCCGCAGCUGACUACUCUGUGGCCUUCCUCGAAGCUGCUAUCCGUAAAGCCGGUAUUCAUGUGGCACCCGACUCCGUUCAGACCUCACCAAUGCCUAAGACUAGCCCCGUAACCUCUGUUGAAGAUCUUGUCGAUGCCGGUCGCCGUCUCGAUAUGGUCAAUGCAACCACCGCCUCCCACCAACAACAGCGCUCCACCCUUACUCCUCCGCCCGACACUGGCACGACAAACAUGGCAACUCUCGAGAAACUGCCUGGCCAACAGCCGAAUGUUACCGAUGAAGAGGUUGCUCGCCGCCUCGAGACUUUCCUCGCAUCCACGCCACCGGACUCGGAUCACGAGCAUCACGACCACACAAUGACUUCUAUCACGAUCUCACAAGACACCCCUGUUACUGUCGCCACUGCUCCCGAAAGCAUGUCCUUACAAGAUCACCAUUCUAUCGAUGCGCUGAACAAGUGGAGCAUGAUGGGCCUGAACGAGAACCCGUUCUCCAACAUCAACCUCCACCAAGACAAUGAGAACCUGUUCUCCAGCCUACCACUUAACAACGAAUUCGAUGAUGGCGACUUCGACUCCCUUCUGAACCUGGACGCUGUGGGUGAGACGUUUACUUUCGAUGAAGGAGCGCUGGACCACGGCGCGGGGCUGACCGCAGAGUUGGGGGACGUUGACUGGCUCGGAACGACACAUGGACUGGCAGUUGACGCGUAAGCACUUGACGAAUUACGACUUUCAUGGGCGUUUGGGUAAGAAUGGAAUUGGAAAAGUUGGUCUCUUGCGCAACAUUUUGGUUGCAAGACUGCUUCAGUGCGAUGAUAUCCACGUAAUUUCAGAUGUGUACACGUUUACGACACGGUCUAUAUCUUUAUUGUGCGAUUGUAGCGACUAGGAAACGAUAUCUUUGACAACAGUAAAGAAAAGUGCAAUCAUC